AUGCGGCCUUCCACGAUCCGCACGACAUUGUCCCCCUUCCUCAAAGGGACAGGCACCGUACCGGCCAACAGAUCAUUCUCAGCAUCUCGACAGUUGCGCGCGAGCAAUAUCAAACACGCAGCCGUCCGCCGCCCUGACGAACUCCAAAGCUACCUUCUCCUCUCCGCCUCGACUCGCAAGCCCCUCAUCACACUCUGGACAGCAUCCUACUGCCCCACCUGUCGCGUCGUCGAGCCUCUUGUACAAGAAGUUAUCGAGUCUGGUAUAGGCGAGGCCGAGGGUGGUGUCAACUACUGCAUCGUCGAGUACGAUAGCCCCGAUAUCAUGGCCGACGGCAUGGGCAUGACGUACAUGAUUAGUUCAAUGCCGACCCUCCUGAGCUUCGAUGCGCAAGAGGCACAGACAGCGACCAAGAUUACGGAUGCGAGAAAGCUGGGGGAUAGGGAGUUUUUGCAAGAGUGGAUUAGGACUGAGGCGAGGAGGGGGGGGAACAGGGGAGGCGGAGGUGGAGGUGGUGGAGUUGGGGGGAUGGGAUUGCUGGGUGGGCUGUUUGGGAGUUGGAGGAAAUGA